AUGGGAAGUACAAAAUUAAAAAGUCUACCAGAUGCAAUUGGACAGCUGGAGAUGCUCGAAGAGUUACAUUGCCCAGAGUGUCUGGAUCUAUCAGGUGAAGUCCCAAAUUCUAUUGGGAAUCUGUUCCAUUUGCAGAUCUUGGACUUGUCAUGUACUCGUAUUUCCGGAUUGCCAGCCACAAUCACUUAUCCAUCUCACCUAGAAGAGUUACAUGUCCGAGAUUGUAGGGAUCUUACGGGUGAAAUCCCAGAUGCAAUUGGUAGACUAUCCUGCUUGAGGAUCUUGGACUUCUCUGGUACUUGCAUUUCUAGUUUGCCCGCCACGAUCAGUUUUCUCCCUUGCCUUAAAGAACUUGGGUUGAAGGAGUGUGAGGAGCUUCGACUAGUGCCAAAGCUUCCCUCUAGUUUGAUAAGCCUUGUCCUUGAUGCUUAUCAUUGUGAAAUCAUCCCAGACCUCUCGAACUUAGUUACUUUAGAUCACUUGGACUUGUCCUUUCAUAGGUAUAAGCUCAAGGCUCCUUACCAGUUAGAGGAACUUAUGUCCCCUUGGAAGAUUGUAGAAUCCAUCCACCAGCUUCCAUCUAGUUUAUCAACCUUGCAUCUCACGGAUAUACCGCCACCGCAGCAAUUUUCCAAGUUCAUGAACCUGUCGAGUCUCUCCAUUUCUAGCUGCUCAAUGGCACAUCUCCCAGAGCUUGAACACUUGAAGAAGUUAAGGGAAUUGUCCAUAAAAGUGUGUCCAUCCCUCGAGAGAAUACCAGAUCUAUCAUGCUUGAAGAGUCUAGAAACCUUGUAUUUGUCUGAACUAGGAAGUCUUGUUGCGAUACAAGGUCUGGAGGAGUUGGAAUCCUUGGAGUCACUACAGAUCAUCUGCUGUGAGUCAUUAGAAGGAUUACCUCAACUAUCGAAGUUGGUAAAGCUCAAAUCUUUUGAGCUACACGAUUGCCAAGUGCUGCAAGCCAUCGAGGGUCUCGGUUGCUUACAACGUUUGAAGCAUUUGACUAUUCUGGGUUGCGUGUCCCUGAAACGGUUGCCUGAUUAUCCGAGGUCCACCAAGCUAGACACUGAUUGGAAAGAACCAGAAACAUCAAGUGCUGUUUAG